AUGCAUGAUGCUUUGUGUUGGACGCUUAAACAUUCGAUAAGAACAGAACUGUCAGUAUUAGAUCAACAAUUGACACAAGGUAUUGAACAACUCUCUGCUUUACCCCAAAGUAUGGAAGAAGUAUCAGAGGCAUGUACAGCUCAAUUAACAUUAGCUAAGAGUGUUUCUACUUUUAGAGCAAAGGUUAAUAUUGCUGAAGAAAAGGAUCAAGUUCUCAGAUCUUUAUUUGGGAGUGAGCAAGGUCUCGCAGAUACUGUUAAACAAACACGUGAACAAUUUGCCAAUUUCCUAAAUUUAUUAGAAACUCAUGAAUUAAUGAUGCGUGAUCAAGUAAAAGCAAUGAAAGGAAAUGUUGGAGCAUCAAUAAAAACAUUGGGGGAGGAGUUAGAAAAGCUUCAUUCACUUUGGAACCAAUUUAAACCGCGUUCUGAAAUAUUUACUUCUCAGGAUGACCGAAUGGCUCUUAUCCGUGCUGUGGAAUUUAUUCGAGAAAAACGUCAAGAAUUUGACAAAAUUUUUGUUAAAAUUGAAAAAGUAAAAGUUGAAUGCGAGCAAUUUGAAAUUGAACAACCAGAAUGGCCUCUCCUUAAUGAACUUAAAAUUGAUUUGGAAAAUUAUGAAUCAAAUUAUCUUUUGUAUGAAGAUUUCAGUAAUGCCCUCCAGCCAAUUUCUGAUCAGGAAUGGAUACUUUUCCGAAGCAAAACAUACAUUUUCGAUGAAUUUUUACAACAAUGGCUUGAAAAACUAAAAGCAAUUCAGACUAGUAAUGUAUCUGUUAGAUUACAAAAAGAUAUUGAACAAAUGCGGGAAUUAUCUAUUAAUUUAAAAUUUUGUCGUGGAGAUAUUUUUAGUGCAGAUCAUUGGUGA